UCCUCCUCUCUGCCACCUUCCCAGAGCCCUGUGUCUUUUAGGGCAGGUUCCCACAUGUUCACUCACCUUAAAGGUGUUUUGCCUCACUCGCUCAGCUGUCUAUUUCAAAAUUGCUUACAUGUUGCUUUUCAGAAGAAUUCAGAGAUACAAAAGGAGGAUGACUGCUUCUAAAGUCUAGAUUUCAAAAUCAAAAUAGUAGAAGCCUAGGACCUUGAUGCUGUAUGAAUUCUUCAGUUGCUGUUCAGGGUCUUUUUGAGGGGUAGGCUGCUGGUGAGCUACUUCUAAAUCAGACACACCUUUGGGUUGGGCUAUUUUGGAAACUAAGUAAUUGAUGAGGCUCAAGGUAUGGUCUGCUAGGAACAAGUGAUUUUAUUGUGUGUUUUUACACGUACUUUGAUCAGCUGAUGCAGUUGACUGACAGUCUCCUCUGUAAGUAACUGAGGGUGGAGGAGUGGUGACCUGCAGUCAGCCUUUCCUGACUUUUUCCCAAAGUGGGGAUUGCUGGAUUUCAGGCAGCUGGGCAAGAGAGGAAAAGGGACGUGAUAUGGGGGUGCCUUUAUUUGGGGAGAGCAAUCCCUUUUAUUCCCGGAUAUGGAAUGGACUAAGUCAGAAGCUGCAAGGCAAAAAAUCCUGGGAUAAACAUCUGGAUGAAAUCAACUUACUCCAGCAGAAAAGAAUCUGGGAAUCCCCACUCCUCCAGGCUGCCAAAGAGAACAACCUUGCUGCCAUUAGGAAACUUCUCACUGACGGAACAUGCGAUAUCUAUCAGAGAGGCGCGGUGGGAGAGACUGCCCUUCAUGUAGCUGCCAUGUACGAUAACUUGGAGGCUGCAGUGGCUCUGAUGGAAGCAGCUCCUGAGCUUAUCAAUGAGAGGAUGACAUCAGAACUUUAUGAAGGGCAGACAGCUCUCCACAUUGCAGCAGCCAACCAGAACACCACGUUGGUCAAGGCUUUGCUUAAGAGAGGAGCCAAUGCCAGCACAGCAAGGGCCACUGGGCACUUCUUCAGGCGCAGCUCCCAGAACCUUUUCUAUUUUGGAGAGCAUGUUUUAUCAUUUGCUGCCUGUGUGGGGAAUGAGGAAAUUGUGCAGCUGCUCAUUGAAAAUGGAGCUGACAUUAGAGCUCAAGAUUCUCUGGGUAACACUGUUCUUCACAUCCUGGUUCUCCAACCUAAUAAGACGUUUGCCUGCCACAUGUACAGCCUGAUACUUUCCUAUGACAGGAGCAAAGAGGGACCAGGGUCACUUGAACUGAUUCCUAACAAUGAGGGGCUUAGUCCAUUCAAACUGGCUGGAGUUGAGGGCAACACUGUGAUGUUUCAAUACCUUAUGCAGAAGCGGAAGCAGAAUCUCUGGUCCUUUGGCCCCUUGAGCACUGUGCUGUAUGAUAUCACAGAGAUUGACUCCUGGGCUGAAGAUCAGUCCUUCCUUGAGCUCAUAGUGUCCACCAAGAAGAGAGAGGCACGCCAGAUCUUGGACUUAACACCUGUGAAGGAGCUGGUGAGCCUGAAGUGGAACAUGUAUGGUCGUCCCUACUUCUGUUUCUUGGCCUUAUUCUACAUCCUCUACAUGGUCUGCUUCACCAUGUGCUGCGUCUACCGCCCCCUGAAACCCCGAACAGGCAACAGAACCAGCAGCAGGGACAACACAAUCUAUGUCCAGAAAAUGCUUCAGGAAUCAUAUGUGGCAUAUGAGGAUGAGCUGAGGCUGGUGGGGGAGCUGAUCACCGUCAUUGGAGCUGUAGUAAUUUUGGUCCUUGAGAUUCCAGAUAUCCUUAGAGUUGGAGCAGCGAAAUACUUUGGACAAACAAUCCUAGGAGGGCCUUUCCACAUAAUUGUCAUCACUUAUGCUUGCAUGAUCCUGGUGACCAUGGUGAUGCGUCUCACCAGCACAACUGGGGAGGUGGUGCCCAUGUCCUUCGCCCUGGUGCUGGGAUGGUGCAACGUCAUGUACUUUGCACGGGGCUUCCAGAUGCUCGGACCUUUCACCAUCAUGAUCCAGAAGAUGAUAUUUGGAGAUCUCAUGCGCUUUUGCUGGCUCAUGGCUGUGGUGAUAUUGGGGUUUGCAUCAGCUUUUUACAUCAUCUUCCAGACAGAGAACCCUGAAAACCUUGGGCAGUUCUACAACUAUCCCAUGUCCUUGUUCACCACUUUUGAGCUGUUCCUCACCAUCAUUGAUGGCCCUGCAAACUACGAUGUGGACCUGCCCUUUAUGUACAGUGUGGUGUACUUUGCUUUUGCCAUCAUUGCCACCCUCCUGAUGCUCAACUUGUUAAUUGCCAUGAUGGGUGACACCCACUGGAGAGUGGCCCACGAGCAGGAUGAGCUCUGGAGAGCCCAGGUUGUUGCCACUACUGUCAUGUUGGAGCGGAAACUGCCACGGUGCCUCUGGCCUCGCUCGGGAAUCUGUGGGCGGGAGUUUGGGCUGGGGGACCGAUGGUAUCUCAGAAUUGAAGACAGGAUUGAUCCCAACAAACACAAGAUGAUGCGGUACACGGAGGCAUUUAAGGCUCAGGAUAGGGAUAACUAUGACAAAGGCUCAGAAAAGCUGGAAACCAGCGGGGACACCCUGUGCAAGAAGGAACUGUCUGCUCUGUCACUGUCACGGAGCACAUCCAGAACUAGUUCUCACCGUGGCUGGGAGAUCCUGAGGCGCAACACCUUCCGCCAGCUUUGUGGAGAGGUCGGUCCUGCCGUGGAUGAGGAGGUGUAUGAUGUCUAAGAAGCCUCUAUUUUCA